GGCCUCCCGCCCGCCGCCAAGCUUCAGUGCCCAAAUAUGAUCCAUACAUUCCCUUGUUGACAGAACAACAUUAUCCUACAAAUAUCCAGAACGACGUACAAUAUGGCCGAAGAAACUGCUACCAAAGCUCCAGAGAGCGAUGCUAUGGAGGACUCAAAAGAGGUUCCUCAAGUCGAACCAAGCCCAAUUCCAGGAGAUACUCCAGCGCAAAGCGGUGCGAGUUUGGGUGAGCAUUGUGUAAAGGAUAGGCCAACACCUGCCGGACAAAAUUCAUCUGGAGAAACUACACAACUUGGAGGUGUCGACGUUUACAUUUCCAAGCCCAGCGAAUAUCCUCAUGCACCAUCGAAACUCUUACUACUUCUUACGGGCGCUACAGGCAUGCAUUCGGUCAAUAAUCAAAUCCAAGCCGAUAAAUUCGCUGGUGAAGGUUUCCUCGUUAUCAUGCCCGAUAUGUUCCAUAACGAUCCAUUACCUGGUUCCGUAACCUAUGCAGAAGAUAAGGAUCCUUCUUUGAUUGAAAAGUUGAAGAUGCACGCCGCAGAGGCAGCAAAGAGUUUCUUGGCAGAUAUGUGGCUCGCAAGACAAACACCCGAAAAGAUUCUACCUAUUAUCCACAAAGUUAUCGAAGCCGCAAAGGAUGAAUUCGCAGAUGCAGUAGCGAAUGGAGGAGGCGUCUAUUCUGUUGGGUAUUGCUUAGGUGGAAGAAUGACUCUGUUACUUGCAGGCGAGAAAUCAGACGCCGUUCACUGGGGUCAACAACCGGCGAAAGACGAGGAAGCCGCCGUUGAAAAGAAAGGGCCGUACAUCAAGGCCGGCGCAAUCGCUCACGCAACAUUAGUCGGCAAGGAGGAUUGGGAAGGAACCAAAGUUCCACUGGCAUUUAUUUGUGUCGAGGAUGACCAAUUGUUUUCCGAAGAAGUUCAAGAGGUUGGGAAGACGUACUUGAAUGAGAACAACAUCGAACAUGAAUUUAAGACAUAUUCGGGAGUUCCUCAUGGGUUUGCCGUAUUUGGUGAUUACGAGCAAUUGAACAUCAAGCAAGCACAAGCUGAGGCGUACGAUCAAAUUUUGGCAUGGUUGAAAGCACAUUAAGUUUCCUUUGCUCGGCGUAUAUGAAGGUGUUUGGUGUUGCCGAUGACGGCUUGCUGUUACGAGCCAUGGCUCAAGGUUUUGACUUAAGUUUUAGGAUGGUAACACAUCACAAUGUUUACGAAGCAACUCAGUAAAGUAUGCUAUGAAAUCAAAUUAUGUUGCGCAUUAUAUUUUGUGUCA